AAUUGAUGACAAAAAUCAAUUGAGGUUAAGAAAUAGGCGCCAAACUGGAAAUAUUACAUUUUCAAUGUUUUUGUAGAGAUUUAUUAUGGCACAUUCGAAUUAUUUAUCAAUUACCGACAUCCUAGUAACUAACGAAAAAGUUCCUUGCAAAUUUUUACAUGAUUUGCCGAAAAUGGGUUUCCUAGACCCAUCAUGUACAGAAGACGACUUAAGAGCAGGAUCUAACGUUGAAAUACCGCUCUGGUUAGCGGAAUCAUUAUUUGCAAGAAGACCACCAUUAGUUACAGUGGAUUUGCCCAAAAUAUACAAAGAUGCAUACAGAGAGAUCUUAAAUGCAGACGCGUGUACAGUGGAUAUGCACAAAUUAGGACAAUAUUUCUAUGAAUUGGGAUGCUAUGUUGCUAAGCAUGAUAUUAAAGGGGAAGUAGCAUCAACUUUAGUGAAUACAUUCAGGCAAAGAUUCAGAAUGCUUCUAUCGGCCUGUGUUGCCAAUGACUCAAUAGCAGCCAUGCAACCUCUUUCAGCCAGUGAAAGGCAUAGAGCCUCUGAUGCUGCAACUACGGAACAAGCUCUGUCGACCUGGUUACAGAGAGGGGAUUCUCCUUUGACAACUGCCAAUAUGGUUGCUAAUCAUAGAAAACGGAAACGAGCAGAGAUGGAAAUGUUAUAAAUAAAGUAUGGGCUUAAAUAACAUUUGUCUUUUUUAUUAUACAUACGCAAUAUGAACCUUAAACUCAUCUAUGAUAUAAACUAAAAUGUACGGUACAUGAAUGUACCACAUAAUAUACUAAAUUUAUUUUAGU